AGGGCGGUGUUGAGAUUAUCGAAAACAGACCUUAUUUCGAUGGUCCUGGAGGUUCAGGUCAAUACACAAUGAAGAUAUACCAUGUCGGAAGUCACAUGCCUGGGUGGAUCAAAUCGAUCAUGCCUAAGACUGCCUUGGAGGUGCACGAGGAGGCCUGGAACGCCUAUCCGUACACCAAAACAAUCUUCAGCAUCCCAUUCGUAAACAAAUUCAGCAUUGACAUCGAAACGGUGUACAAAGGCGGGCGGGGGACUGAGCAUGACAACGCCCUGAAUUUGACCAAAAGCGAACUCGCUCAGCGAGAAGUGUUUGAUAUCAACUUGCUGACCACCACCCCCGCCGAUCCAACUGAUAAGGGUUAUGAGCCGUUGGAGGACCCGGCUGUAUAUGUGUCCCAGCGCACGGGCAGGGGGCCGCUGCAGCCUGAGUGGGAGAAAACACACAAUCCAGUUAUGUGUGCCUACAAGGUGUGCAAAGUCAACUUCAAAUAUUGGGGAUUGCAAAGCAAACUCGAGAACUUCAUCGCCGAUGUGGGACUCCGCAGAACCAUUGUUGGUGCCCAUCGACAAGCAUGGUGUUGGCAGGACGAGUGGAUUGAUCUGAACAUGGAGGAUGUUUUAAAGAUGGAAGAAGAAGCACAGCGCAAGCUAGCCGAGGUCUUUGCCAAACCAGGCGACGGGACAUCUGCGGACGAGUCCACUACCGCACUGACCAACAGCGACACUCGAGCGACCGCUCAGAGUGCGAGUGCCUCUCAGGACGAGGGACUGGAUGGCCGCAAUACCAACCUCAGCAUUCUGGAGAAUGUGGACAGUGCUCCUCCGUUGCAGAAAGUGUACAGUUCAAUGACCACUGACAUGGACACCGACGAGGCUACGAGUGGCUCCGAUAGCGUUGAAUUCUGGAGUGGAAACGAGGAGUUUGAUGAUGCAGACGAGGAUCAAUACAGCGAGAGCGCUGAUCCCAACAGUACAGCCGCCGGACUACCGCGACUGCAUCUCCAGCCACCGAGCGACAGCGGCGUGAGGAGGCGGCAUUUGGUCAUCGCGUCAUUCGCCCCCUCUAUCAUCAGCUCGAGUGCGGGCUCGGACGCUGAUUGGGCGAGUGAUUUCAAUACGUUCAAACGCACUGUCAAGCAAGUCGCGGAGUCGCACUACAGUGAAGGGGUCGAUUGCAUGGAGAUUGUACCUAUAAGGACAGGGCCUAUUCUGGGUGAAGGCACCCCUCCCACCAUGACCACCGAGCUCGAAGCCGUGCUUCGAGGCAUGUCCAAAUCAAACGAUCUCGCGAACUUCUCUCCGUCUGCGCUGAUUGGCUCGGUCGUCAUGCACCCCACAUACGACAGCAGGCUGCAGGAAAUGGUGCAGGUGCUUAAUGCCACGUUGCAACACUACUCCGAUUUUGAAUUCCAGGGAGGGUCUGUGACCAUCAUAUGCGAUAGAAUCUCCGGGUUGCUCAUGUACGAUGUCCUCAGCCGGCCCGAAUUAUGCGACCAGGUGCACCUGCCCAUUGACUACUGCUACACUCUGGGUGCACCGAUCGGGUUUGUCCUGGGCCAACGCUAUCUACAAUCACUCGCCCACACCUCCACGGGCGUACUACGGACACCCGGCCCAACCCCAGUACGACACACCCCACACACACUAACAGCCACAUCCAGCCCCAGCCCACUCGCUAGUACGACUGUGAGUAUGAGUGCUACUGCAAGUACGGAAUCGGGGACCGGUGUACCUUUGUUCUUUGAGCCAGAUGUCAACCGACAGAUCCCUCCGCUCAGUCCCACGACGGAGUCUAAGUCAGCGGGUGGCAGCGCAAAUAACACAGACGCUGAUAUUUCUACACAAGCGAUUGGUGUGCCGGUACUACGAGCACAGCCACCCCAAAUGCCCAGGUAA